AUGGCUGGCGCUUCAGGUAAUAGCCUAGUUGAUGAGGAUAGCUACGUUCAGCUAGAUGAUCUUACUCAUGAGGGAUUAGCCGUUCCACAGAAUACCAGCCCGAAGGAAGAAUGGCUAAUGCUGAAACGAAGCAACCCAUUUAUGAGACUGUUGAGGAGGAUAUGGUCUGGUCCUGAGGAGCCUUCUGAUCUCAAACCUAAAUUUGUAUCAAAAUGGACAUGGCUACAAUACAUCGACGACUUUCCCAAGAAGAAAUUCCAGGUAAGAUACUCCAGCUGGAGCACAAGACUAUCUAUUUUGAUUGUUUAUUGCACUCUAUGGGCUGGUAUACUGUUUUUUCUAUUAUACCCAUACUUGAUCAGAGCACCUUAUUUCUACCCCAAUGAUGGUAGUGACAGGCUGCCGAUAUACUCAUUGACUUGCAACUCCUAUUGGAAUUGGGAGGGAAAAAAUAACGCCUGUGGAAAGGACGCAAGCGAUUGCCAACCAUUUAGUAAUGUUGAUUAUAUGAUAAGAUGUCCAGCUCUGUGUGAUAGAGGUGGUUGGACGUAUUCAGCAAUCGCCGUUGGUGAUCAAAGGGUAAAAUAUCAAAGCUACGAGAUUGGAGGUGGCCCUCUUGAGGCUACCGAGGACUCAAGGUCUCUAUCAUUCCCAUAUAGGGCGGAUUCUUUUGCUUGCGAUUCAGCAGUGCACGCUGGGGUAGUCUCACCAUUCUUUGGUGGUUGUGCGAGGAUAUCUAUGGAAGGCUCACAGAAUUCUUUCCCAUCCAGGUUGGGCAGAUACGGACAUUGGUCCGUUGCAUUUGAUACGUUCUUCCCUAGCUCCUUUUCCUUUAAGGACCUUCGAGAUGGAAUUAGCACAGGCUGUUACGAUCCGCGAAUAAUUGUGGUUAUUAUCAAUGCCUUGAUGGGUAUACCUGUCUUUUACCUAUGCGAUAGUUUGAUCGGCUUUUGGAUAGUAACCAUUGUUGGUUACUGGACAAUCGCACUUGCCUUGGACCCACCUCUAUUAACAGACCCCCAUGAUCCAACUUCCGUGUACGAACUGAUAAGCGUAGCUGUUCAAAGACUUCUCCCACUUUGUUUCGUUCUUUAUGUUGAAUGGAAGUGCGCGGCUAAAAGGACUCUCGAAGAUGGGUCGCCGGCGGCCAAGAUCCUAUUAUGGUACCCUACUUUUUGGCUUGGUGUACUAAACAACGUUACAUUCGAUAGACUCCCAGUUGACAGGCUUACUGCCAAAGAUCUGAAAGAACAAGCUGGCGCCCUGACAGCAGUGGGCUCCAUUGCCGCAACAAUCUUAACAUGUGCCGUCAUUCAGGCUUAUUCUCUUUGGAAAUCGGGCAGGUUCAGAAAGUAUUUCAAGAUUUACAUUUCCAUUAUUGCUGGUUUAGUAUUUCUUGGCUCAAUACCUGGGCUUAACUUGAGAAUUCAUCAUUAUAUUCUGGGCAUGAUGCUUGUACCGGGUUGCGCAACAAGAGGAAGUUCUGCUUACCUAUUCCAAGGGAUACUGAUUGGCCUGAUCCUUUCCGGAGUUUCUAGAUGGGACUUUGCAAGUAUUAUUGAGACUGAUUUUGCAUUAUUAAGAGGGGAGGCUGGAUCAUCCUUGGAGCCUCCAGUAUUCUUGUUUGAUCCUUCAAAACCGCACCAAGUUUCUUGGACGCUCAAUUCGAAUUUGACCAUUAAUGACUCCCCCGAAGGCAUAGAUGGGUUUUCCCUAUUAGCCAAUGAUUUCGAAAUUUAUGUUGGCCAGAACUUGACCGUUGACCUCGAUGUCCUACUAGAAGAAGAUGAAGUAUUAUCGUCAAUGCUUGAAGCUUCAGUAUCCCAAUCGAAUGGUAAUACUAAAAUUUACCUAAGGGUGGCACGGGCAUCUACGGAAAAUCCAAAUUUUGAACGUGGUGACUACACGAAUGCUGGAAUACUCGAGUGGCCACAGGGAAUAUGGCAUGAACCUUCACCUGGCGUAUCUUAG